AUGAGCAUCGAAUUGCAUAAAGUUAAUAUAAUCGAAGCAAGUUCUCAAAGCCACCCUAAAUUCUUUUUCAACUUGCAACUAUCGGAAUAUUUUAGGUUGCUAAUAGAUCGAUCAAUCGAAAUUAGGAAUUGGAGAAGGGGCGAAAAAUAUUGUACAAUAUUGCAACUCAUCAAACCAUUGGAUACUUGCGACAUUUUAAGAUGGUGUGAAUGCUUAUUUUAUUUGGCAGAUUAUUCCGCUAUUAUUAGAAUUACGCAGAAUAUCUUUAUUGAAGGUAAUAAUUAUUGCUCAAGCAAACUAAAACUUUUAACAUAUAGAUCAGAAAGCGAGUUUCUCAUGGGGAAAUAUUUAAAUAGUAUUGAAACAUCAAAUUUGAUAUUGGAAAAAAUUAAGCAUGCACUGAGUGUAGAGGCAGAUAAUAAAAAAAAACUGUUUCUAAAACAAUUGAGAAUCCGAGUUUUAUUAGUUAAAGCUCGAAUUUAUGAAUUAAAUAAUUCGUUUGAUGAGUGCAGUAAAAUUUACACAAGUGUAUUAUUAAAUGAUGAUCCAAUAAAUGUUGUAUCUUUAGAAGUGGUAUUUUGUUCACAUAAAUAUACAGUAAAUGAAAAAAUUGAAAUUUUCAAACAAUGGAAGGAUAUUGUUCCUAAACGUUACUCUUGGAUUUCAACGGUUGUUUGGUACAGAAUAAUGCAUAAUUACUCUCAAAUGAUAGAUAAUUUCAAUAAUAAUUUUAAGGAAGACACAAAUUUAUAUUCUUUAAACUCAAAAAUCCCCUUAAAUAAAUUUUUGAUGACUAUACCUAUUUAUUCUAAAAAGAUGAUAUUUUUAAAAGAUAAGAUUUACUCAAUGGUUAAUUUUAACAAGAUUAGUAUUAAUUCACUAAAAACACAUAUUUUUGAUGUAUCUAGUCAUUUAGACUGUGAAAUUUACAUUAUCAUGCAAAUGAUUUCAACAAUUUAUGACUCUGGGUACAUUUUGACAGUUUCAAAUGUUCUUGAUGAAAAAAUACCUUCAUCUCCACUUUCCAUUUUUACAAUGGGGUGUUACUAUUACAAACAAUCAAUAUAUUCAAAGUCUGCACAUCUUUUUAGAAAAGUAAUAGAAAUUGAGCCUGGGUUUUACGAAGCUCAUCUAUUACUUGCACAUUCACUUUCACUAAAUAAUAAUAGCACGCAAGCAAUUAUCGUUUACUCCCAUAUUCAAGAUCAAUGGAAAGGAAGCUGUUAUGGAACUCUAUAUAAAGGUGUAGAAUACUUGAAAAGCAAUAAUUAUAACAUGGCAAUGCUCAAUAUUAGAAGUUCUAUAGCACAAUUCCCCGAUAAUCCUAUAGUGCUGAAUGAAUAUGGAGUUUUACAAUUUUAUCAAAAAAAAUAUGGUGAGUCAGAAAAAACAUUUAGAAAAGCAUUGGAAAAAUACAAUACCAAUAUUAUUCAGAAUAGUCACUUGAAAUAUAUUUUAGAAAUAAAUAUGAGUUGUUCAAUUGUCUGGUCAAUACUAUAUUGCGAAGAGAUAGUUUUCAGGCCCCGUAUACUUGAGGUAAUUUCAAUACUCGAAAGGUGCAGUAAUAUAUAUGAUUCGGCCAAUAUCGUGUAUUUAAUAAGUCUGCUCCUUGCAAUUUCAUACCAGAUAAAUGGCGAAAAAAAGAAGUCGAGCUCAAAAUAUUUGGAAUGCGUUAGUUUAGGUAUUAUUCAUCCAAUCAUCUUGAAAUCCUUACACACUGUUUGUAACUAG